AUGUCGGGGUAUGAGACGGUGCUGUUCGUCGCACGCGAGUGCUUCGUGUACCGCGUGCCGCCACGCUCGUCCACGGCAGGCUACAAAGCGGGCGAGUGGGGCGACAUGGAGGCGUUCCUCUGGAAAGGCCGAUUGCGCAUCAUGGAGUCGUCCAUCUCACCCACCUGCUCCAUUCGUCUCGAAGACGGCGAUACCGGUGAACUGUUCGCCGAAUGCCCCUACGAUGUGAAGGGCACCUCCGUCGAACCUGUUCUCGACUCGAGCAGGUACUUUGUCCUCAGGGUCGAGUCGCAAGGUCCAGACGGCGCGAAGAAGAAGGCGUACAUCGGAAUGGGUUUCCAAGACCGCAGCGAUAGCUUUGAUUUCAAUGUGGCGCUCCAGGACUGGACAAAACGCCAAAAAGCAGCCGCAAGCCGCGGCACCAACCCCGAGACCGACGAUGGCGCACUUAUCGACGAGGGACCCUCACCACACCUGCCCUCAGGCCCAAAGAAGGACUUCAGCCUUAAAGAGGGCGAGACCUUCGCGAUCAAAAUCCCCGGAGGAGGCGGAAGGAAGAUCACAUCCUCAUCCAGCUCCUCCUCCAACACCUUUGGCGCAGGCUUCGGCGGUGCACCGCUGCUGCCGCCUCCACCAAGCAAGAAGCGCUGA